CUGAUAGACCCCUUUUCUUUCCUGAUUUGCCGUAUGGUUUUUUUUUUUGUUUCAUUUUUUUAGAUCUGUUCGUCUUAAGUGCCUAUGAUACAUUUGCUUUGGAUAUUUGGUUCAACGUUUGAACUUUGAAGAGCGCGACUUUUGUAGCCCUAGAUUUUUAUCUGUUUCGUAGGCUUCAAAUUUCUAUGAUGAAUUUGCUGUUGCGACUGGCUUUGUUUGGUUCGAGUCUGUUUUGUUUCUUGAAAUGUCUUAAAAAAUUGGAUUAUGAAUGAGAUAUAAAUUCUUCGCUGUGCAUCCGUAUCUGAACUAGCACGGAUUUAGAUAAUUUGCUUUAGAAGGUUAACACGGGUAGAGCACUUCGUUUACUUUUCAAAUGUUCUGAAAAGUCAUUUGAUGAAUAAUUUUUGUACUGCUGCUCGAGAACGAGAAUAAUUUCAUCAAUAACUCACCCUGAGAGUUUGAGAAUUGGGAAUUUUUAGUCAAAUAAGUAUUAUACGACAAGUUUAAGGAACCAUCAAAGUCAUGAAAACUACUUGUGCUAGGAACGUAUAGGUUGAAUUACCACAGGUGAGGAGGAUACAUAGAGAAAAUGCUUUUUGAGAGACAAAAGAGGGUGACCAAAUGGGAUGAGAGGUAAAAGAUAGGAAAUUCUUUUGAGACAAACUUGCUUGGUUAAUAUUGAUGUAAACAUUGCAUAUAGUCAAUUAUUAGAACAUGACAUUAAGUUUAAUCAAUCUAAUCAAAUAGAUCCAUUAUAAAAUAUCUUUAUGAUGUCUCAAACCAUUGUGGACUGACGCUGUAUUGCAAUAAUACAAUUCUGAAAUAAAAUUCAAAAUAUAAUUGUCUAAUAAUUAUUUGCUGACUUAGGAUAAAGAUUGAUCAGUACUGUAGUAAUGAAUAACAUAACACAAAGAAGAGAGAUUCUUAGAAGGUAGGGAAGAGUGAGUUAUGCAUUAAAGAUGAAGGUAUCACGAGGGUUGUAUAGGAUUGGCAAGAAGGGUAGAUGGGUUUUAGAUGGAUUGAAUAUUAGAUUGACAAUACUAAGGGACAUUAGAGGAAUUUCCGAAUUGGUCUUAAUCAAUAUGCUAAGAGAGGGAACUUCUUAUGAAAGCGGAGCAGGACGUGUCUCUAAAUGAUGGAUUUCCUUCUUCUGGAAUUUGCUUGAAUUUGCAUGUAUAAAAAAUUUCUGAACAUAAUGGCCCUCUCUUUCUUUUCUUUAUUAUAAUCAACAAAAGAAAUGCCAGCCAAUCUUUGGAUGAGGUACUUUCUGGGGAGAGUAUUAAUUUUGAAGUGCUACAGAAAAAAUUUACCUGGAUUUUCAGUCUCUUGUUUUUAAUUUGCACUUGAGAAAUAACAAUAAUAACUGAAAAAAAUACAAGACAACAGAAAUGCAUUCUUUUGAUAGCCAAAGAGUGUUACAUGACGAUACUUUCCUCAUUUACAAGGUUCAGGUGUGGUUUCUUUUAUGUUGACUUGUGAAAUUCCAUCUAAGGUGAAAGUAAUUGAGAAUCUAUAUUUCUGUACUGAAAUGCGUUAUUUACUAUACUGUUAUUAUGUGCUCAACAUGGACAUGCAAGGUAAGGUUAUGGGGUUAUGGAGCAUGAAAUACUUUUUGAUUUUGUAUGUCACUAAUCUCCCUUUCUUGCAGGCAAUAUCUUCACAAGACUAUUCAUUUCAAGCUAAACGGUCUUUCUCUUCAAACUUUUUGUCUACUUUGAACUCAGCCAGUGGUGAUGCUGAUGCAAGUGAGCCAAAAUCACCUGCUCAUAUUCAUAGCGAAGGUUCCUCACCACAAAAGUCACUACCUAAAAAAAGGAGUGCAAAUUCCUCGGCAUGGAAAAAUCUACCUUCUAAUUUUGGAGAGGAAAAUGGAACAAGAAGUGAGUGCAGAGAAAUUCCUGAGAGUUCAAAAGAGGACAUGGACCAGUUCCCCAAUAGACCUAUCAAUCGUUAUUCCAUGUUUGUUGAAGCGUCCACUCAACAUGACCCUAAUGAAUAUCUUUCUUAUCUUACUGAAAAGUCUACAUUUAUGUAUGCUGACCUUUUUCAAUUUUUUGGCUCAUGUUUGCCUAAUAUUGUCAAAGGAUGUCAAUGGAUUCUGUUGUAUAGCACAUGGAAACAUGGGAUAUCACUUCAAACUCUCCUUCGUAAGAGUGCUGACCUUCCGGGUCCAUGCCUAUUAAUUGUUGGGGAUAUGCAAGGUGCUAUUUUUGGUGGCCUUCUGAAUAGUCCUUUAAAGCCUACAUCUACAAGGAAGUAUCAAGGCACAGGCGAAACCUUUGUGUUCAGUACAAUUUAUGGGGAACCAAGGUUCUUUAGAGCAACUGGUGCAAAUAGGUUUUACUACUUGUGCUUGAAUGAUCAACUUGCAUUUGGUGGGGGUCGAAACUAUGCUUUAUCCCUUGAGGAAGAUCUGUUGCGUGGAACCAGUGGCCCUUGUGAAACAUUUGGAAACUCUUGCUUGGCUCAUACUUCAGAAUUUGAGCUGAAGAAUGUUGAGUUGUGGGGGUUUGCUCAUUCAUCUCGUUUGCUCACGUAACUAAUUCUUUCAGACAACGAUGAUGCGCCAAGUGGACUGUUUCUGAUGUAUUAUUCUUUUUAUUCAUUUCAAAAAGGGUUGUUAUAAUUUGUUCAACCGAUGCCAUUUCUCUUUCAAGCACUUGUUGCCCAUACCUUGAUUUUAUUUUAUUAAUACAUUUUAUAAUCCCCAGAUUAACGCAUCAGCUUUCUGCCUUAUCUGCUUUG